UCUCCUCUCAUCAGGAUCAGUCAAAAAGGUCUCAAAUUACCUUUUGCGCAUAAGUAAACGUAUCGCUCCUCUCCUCUUUCAAGUCAUUUUUAGUCUUUUAUCAAUCUCGUAGUUCAUCAAUAAAUAGGUGUAUAUUAUAUAUACCUAAAAUACAUGCACUUAGCAGUGUCGCACAAUAGUAAUAUUCAAAAUGGCGACAACGGAGCAAGUGCCGGUCGCAAGCAACAACGAGAUCCUCAAUUGCGGCACGCAUAACAAUAAGGCAGUUAAAAUGGAAAGCAUGGAUGUUGUGGAACCAACAAAUUCAGUGGGCAACUGUAAAGAUGGAGUGUCACAGAACUGUAAUAAAAUUCCCGUUGAUGAGAUGACCUCGAGGGAUUAUUAUUUUGAUUCUUACGCCCAUUAUGGGAUACACGAAGAGAUGUUGAAAGAUGAGGUGCGAACAGUCACUUAUCGCAACUCGAUGUAUCACAACAAGCAUCUCUUCAAAGAUAAAAUUGUACUAGAUAUCGGUUGUGGUACUGGAAUUUUGUCGAUGUUUGCUGCAAAGGCUGGUGCAAAAAAAGUCAUUGGCAUCGAGUGUUCCAAUAUUGUAGAAUAUGCAGAGAAGAUAGUCGAAGCCAACAAGUUAUCAAACGUCGUAACAAUAUUGAAAGGAAAGGUGGAGGAAGUUACCUUACCGGAUGGGAUUGAGAAAGUUGACAUUAUUAUUUCUGAAUGGAUGGGCUACUGUUUAUUCUACGAGUCAAUGUUGGAUACUGUGCUCUUUGCAAGAGACAAGUGGCUGCAUUCAGAGGGCAUGUUAUUCCCUGACAAGGCAACUCUGUAUGUAUGUGGCAUUGAAGAUCGCCAGUACAAGGACGAAAAAAUCAACUGGUGGGAUGAUGUCUAUGGUUUUGACAUGAGCAGCAUACGAAAAGUAGCUAUCAGUGAACCUCUUGUUGAUGUUGUCGAUCCUAAACAGGUUGUUACCAACUCGUGUAUGAUCAAAGAAGUUGAUCUGUACACCGUGACCAAAGCCGAUUUGGCCUUCUCGUCGCCUUUCCACUUGCAAGUGCGUAGGAACGACUACGUUCAGGCGCUUGUGACCUUUUUCAAUAUUGAAUUCACAAAAUGCCACAAGCGUAUCGGCUUCAGUACAGCCCCCGAGUCUCCGUACACGCACUGGAAGCAAACAGUUUUCUACUUUGACGAGUACAUGACUGUUAAGAAGGGCGAAGAAAUCGAGGGCACGUUUACGAUGCAGCCAAAUGCGAGGAAUUACCGCGAUCUUGAUUUUACGAUCGAGAUAGAUUUCAAGGGUGAAUUGUGUCAUGUACACGAGAGUAAUCAUUACCGCAUGCGCUGAUACCAAUGUAUUGAUGACUUAACCAACGGCGGACUCGACGAACGUUGUUCUGCGCCUUUAGUAAUUUUUUAUCACGCAAGCGAGAAAAUAAUCAUUAAACGAAACAGCAGCUUGCCAGUCACAUACAUUAUUAUGUAUAAAUAAUCUAAAACUUGAUUGUCAUUGCCAAUUGAUGCUCGAAUCGAGGAUUAAUCGGUAAUCUAAUCAACGGAUAGAAAAAACAUUGAUGAAAUCGAACGCUCACGACAUUAUUCGUCCAAAAUCGUGGUUUUCAGCAAUUGCUGCCGCUGGUCGUCAUCACCGUUGCCGCUAUUUAUAUGUUGUAAUUUUUUUACGUUAGAAUCGUAAGUCCAUAAAUUUGCAGCGGUAAUUUAAAAAUACUUCCAUUCGCAAUAGAAUUAAUCGAUGAUUACCUAGUAUUCUUCUGUAAACUUUGUUUCCGUGCGAAAUAAUUUUUUUUUCCUUAGUUGGUAUCGAGAAAUUGUUAAUACUUCACUGAACCAUUUAAAAAUUAAAAUAUUUAAAAAAUUCGUGUACAUUCACAAUUCUCGGAGCCGCCUGCGUAUGCGCGUUACAGCAUUAUUAAUGUAAAAAAUAGGAGAAAUGUAAGGAAUUUCUUUUGUUAAAAUUAUUUUAAUCAUUUAA